AUGAGGAUUCGAGUGGGGUUGGAUGUAUCUCUGUCGCUUUGUCGUGGUAGAGUCGUAUCUCUGGAGAAUGGAAAAAAAACUUGGAUCACGUUCAAAUAUGAGCGUCUUCCAAAUAUAUGUUAUUGGUGCGGCAGACUGGACCACAAUGAUCGGGAUUGUGAAAUUUGGUUGGAAAGUGAAGGGAGUUUAGCAGAAAACCAGAAGCAAUUUGGCCCAUCUCUACGUGCUCUGUCGUUUUCUCCAGCAAGGCGAAGUGUCGUGGCUGUACCAGGCUUCUACACCCCUAAGCGCAAGCCAGCAACUCCACCUGCCAGUGCGACCAGGCCUGAAGAGGAGGGUUUCACCAGCGAUGAACCACCACCUAUGGAGGAGCAGACGGUGGUGCGCAGCCUAGAAGCGUCAGUCAACACUUUAAAUGCUCAAUUAAUGCAGGAAACCGUUGACAUUAAGGAGCCGAUUCAGUCCAAAAACGGCUAUAGUGGUUUUAAAGACCACGUUCCUAAAAAUACUCCAUACAAUCCGGAGCCCAUUAAUAUAGCAGUUGAUGACACAUUUAAGCCCGAAAAUUCUGGAGCUAGCUGUGAUUCUCCUUCAACGAAUACAGGAGACUUUAUUCUAAUUAAUGCCUCGAAUCAAUCAAUAAGGCCCAAUCAAUUCCAAACAACGGCUACACUGAAACCUACCCAUCCAAAUAUUUCACAUGAAUCUUUGGCACGUGAGAUGCAUGAGAUUACUAGGGCUAAAAAAAAACCUAGCACGUGGACAAGGUUGGACAGAGCAAGCACAACCCAGAAAGUAUGUCCAUCUGUUUCUACAGGUGCAUGUAAACCAAAUAUUUCGAAUGUGGAUGACCAUUCAGAAUUACCUAGUAGCAAAAGAUAG